AUGUCUGCAGAGGAGGCUGCGGCGACAGAUGCACUUCGAACCCCGACGGAUCAAAAUGCUCAGGCAGCCGAGGAUGCAAAAAAGAUGCUAGCUGAGCUCCAAGACGAGGCGCAAUCGAAAGAGGGGCAGAAAGAAUCCAACGGCACGAUAGAGUCUGAGAAGCCUAAAGAUGAUGCUGCCGUAGAGAAAGAGAGUGAAGAGAGCAAGGAUACAACAGACAAGUCUCGAGAAUCUCGACAUCAGGGCCGAUCUGAAUACAGUGGUCGAGGUCGAGGUCGUGGCGGUCAAAAUGGCUGUGGUUCUCGCAAUUACCGAGAUAACAUCAAGUCGGACCUUACCACCCAAGAAGUAAGCAGUGACCCCGCUGCCAUUCGCAAACAGGUGGAAUUCUACUUCUCCGACUCUAAUCUUCCCAACGACAAAUUCCUGCUCUCCAAAGUGGGCGGGAGCAAGAAUAACCCCGUCGAACUCAAGAUUUUGCAUACUUUCAAACGCAUGCGACAUUUCCAGCCCUUUGAAGCCAUUGUAGAGGCCAUGCGAGAAUCCAAAUUCCUCGACCUUACGGAGAACGAUACCUGCGUUCGCCGAAAAGAACCCCUCCCCGAAAGUUUGAACGAUGGUCCAGAUCCGAAUGCAGUCAGAGUCUUCGAGGACCGUGCGAUGCCACGAAGUGUUUACGUCAAAGGGUUCGGUGACGAGGUUCCUAGUACACAGUUCGACAUUGAGGCAUUCUUCUCCCCUUACGGCCCCACCAACGCCGUGCGUUUGAGGCGCACGGAAGAGAAAGUAUUCAAAGGCAGUGUCUUCGUAGAAUUCGAGACGGAGGAAUUGGCCAAGGCAUUCCUGGAAUUGGACCCCAAACCCAAAUACCAAGGCCGAGACCUGCAGAUCAUGAGUAAGAAAGAGUACUGCGACAAGAAGGUGGAAGAUAUCAAGGCUGGCAAGAUCCGAUCAAAUAUCAGACAUGACAAGAGCAAGAGAGACAACCGGGGAGGCCGAGAUGGAAAGCGGAAACGUGAUGAGGAGGAGGAUGAUCGAGAUUGGAGAACCCGUCGAGAUGAAGAUCGAAAGAACGGUUUCCGAGAUGACAGGAGACGUGGCACUCGUGAUCGUGACUUUAAGGGUGGGAAGGGUGGCAGGUUCAAUGGACCUCACAAGGAUGAGAGAGGAAUUCCUGCCGUCAAGUCCGUAGGAGACACAUCUAAAGUGAAGCAGGACUCUGGUCGCGACGAAGCACUUGCCAAAGCAAAAGCAGCUGUAGCAGCAGAAAACGAGAAAGAGGAAGCAGCAAAACAGACAGCGGCAGACAAUGUUGAGUCCACAGAGCAAGAUGGCGAUGCUGAUGUAUCGAACAAGGCCGCGGACGCAGUUGCGGAGAGUGUCCAAGGUGACGCUGAAGCCGUUGCGGGAAAGAAACGCGCACGAGAAGACGACGAGGGAGAGGACGAAGUGGGACGGGAAGUCAAGAAGCUGGAUUCCAAGUCUGAGGCCGUGUCUGCCAACGGAGUUUCAUAA